AUGGGCGCUACAGCUAUCGUGCUUCUUGCUGCCCUUCAACGUCGUAACGUGGCCACUAGAAUAAGAGCUCCCGUGCUCCUGGGUCUCCUCCGUGAGUGGUGCCUGAUGUAA